CAGCUCCCUCCUCGCAGUCCCAGGCAGGCAGCGGCGUGUGCGGCACACAAAAGGCUGCCGCCGGAUCCCCGUGCCGCCGCGACCCGAGCUCCUUCCCCGGCUCUCCUGGGGGGAGGGACACGCCGGGCCCCGCUCCCUCCUCCCCAGGCUGCCGCUCGCUUGCUCGCACUCACUCUUAUUUUCCCUCCAAUUUGAAGCGGGUCGGGGCAGAAAGGAGCGCGCGGAGCGGGGCGAUGCCGUUGCUGCACCGAAAGCCCUUCGUGAGGAAGAAGCCCCCCGCCGACCUGCGGCCCGACGAGCGCGUCUUCUACUGCAGGGUCACCAACGAGAUCUUCAGGGACUACGAUGACUUUUUUGAACGCACCAUUCUGUGUAACAGCCUUGUAUGGAGUUGUGCUGUGACAGGUAAACCUGGACUCACAUAUCAGGAAGCACUGGAAUCAGAAAAGAAAGCCAGACUUAAUCUCCAGAGUUUUCCGGAGGCACUCAUAAUUCCAGUUCUGUAUUUGGCCACCCUUACCCAUCGCUCACGACUUCAUGAAAUCUGUGAUGAAAUCUUCGCUUAUGCCAAGGAUCGAUAUUUUGUUGGUGAAACAGUGGAAGUAGUUAGAAAUAAUGGUGCAAGGUUGCAAUGUAAGAUUUUGGAAGUCAUAGCUCCACAUCACAAUGGAGUUGCCAAUGGCCACAUCAACAGGACCGAUGAAGACACUAUCGUCAUCAGUGAUAGCGAUGAUUCAGAAACACACAACAACUCUGCACAAAAUGGGAAGAAAAAAGCAUUAAUUGAUCCCUCCUUGUUCAAGUACAAAGUCCAGCCUAUUAAAAAAGAACUAUAUGAAUCUGUUACUGUAAAAGCGUCUCAGAUAAGCCGGAGGAAACAUCUCUUUUCUCGUGAUAGACUUAAACUUUUUUUGAAGCAACACUGUGAACCACAUGAUGGAGUCAUUAGAACUAAGGCAAUGUCACUUGCAAAAUACAAGAUAGCAGAACAAGAUUUCUCCUACUUCUUCUCUGAUGACCCACCUACAUUUAUCUUCAGUCCUGCAAACAAAAGGCGAGGGAGGCCUCCAAAGAGGAUAUCUAUUAGUCGUGACAAGAUUGCUAGUAAACAAAAUACUCCGGGAAAUAGAAGUAAAGUGGCAAAGGAAAGGGCAAGACUCCAGAAACAAAAAGAAGAAAUGCAGGCCAUGGCUUUUGAAAAAGCUAAAUUAAAGAGAGAGAAGGCACAUGCUAUAGAAGCCAAGAAAAAAGAGAGAGAAGAUAAGGAGAAAAAGAGAGAGGAGCUGAAAAAGAUUGUGGAAGAAGAAAGGAUGAAGAAGAAAGAAGAGAAAGAGAGACUCAAGAUAGAAAAAGAAAAGGAAAGAGAGAAAUUACGUGAAGAAAAGCGAAAGUAUCUGGAAUACCUAAAGCAGUGGAGUAAACCUAGAGAAGACAUGGAAUGUGAUGAUCUUAAGGAACUUCCAGUUCCAACUCCAGUGAAGACGAGACUGCCACCUGAGAUCUUUGGUGAUGCUCUGAUGGUCUUAGAAUUCCUUCAUGCAUUUGGGGAACUUUUUGAUCUUCAAGAUGAAUUUCCAGAAGGAGUUAGUCUAGAAGUGUUAGAAGAAGCUCUUGCAGGAAAUGACAGCGAAGGCCCACUAUGUGAAUUGCUCUUUUUCUUCCUGACUGCCAUUUUCCAGGCAAUGGCUGAAGAGGAAGAGGAAGUGGCCAAAGAUCAAAUAGCUGAUGCUGAGACCAAAGAUUUAACAGAGGCUUUGGAUGAAGAUGCAGACCCCACAAAAUCUGCACUGUUUGCAGUUGCAACUUUGGCAGCUGCAUGGCCCCAGUUACAUCAGGGCUGCAAUUUGAAAAAUUUGGAUCUCGACAGCUGCACUCUUUCCGAGAUUCUCAGACUUCACAUCUUAGCAUCAGGCGCUGAUGUAACAUCAGCAAAUGCCAAAUAUCGUUACCAAAAACGAGGAGGUUUUGAUGCUACAGAUGAUGCUUGCAUGGAGCUGAGAUUGAGUAAUCCUGGUCUGUUGAAGAAACUCUCAAGUACUUCAGUGUAUGACUUGUCACCAGGGGAAAAGAUGAAGAUUCUCCAUGCCCUCUGUGGAAAGCUUCUGACUCUCGUCUCCACUCGAGAUUUCAUUGAGGACUCUGUUGAUGUAUUACGACAGGCAAAACAGGAAUUCAGAGAGUUAAAGGCAGAACAACAUCGCAAAGAAAGAGAAGCAGCAGCAGCAAGGAUACGUAAGAGGAAGGAAGAAAGAUUAAAAGAGCAAGAACAAAAGAUGAAGGAGAAACAGGAAAAGCUGAAGGAAGAGGAGCAAAGGAAUACUGCUGCAGAAGUGUCUGUUGGGGAAGAGGAACGGGAAGACCUUGAUACUAGUACAGAGAGCAAAGAAAUUGAGCAGAAGGAACAAGACGUGGACACAGUGACAGAGGAUGAGGAAGAACAAGGACCAAACAAAAAAGGAAGAAGAGGUAAGAGAGGGCAAAAUGGACUUAAGGAAUUUACAAGGCAAGACGAGACUUCUUGUGAAAAGAGUGAACCUCUUACUGCUGAGGAGGAAGAAGCUUUAAAAUGGGAGCAACAAAAGAAAGAGAAGGAACUUGUAGAAAAGAUUCAGAAUGCUACAGCCUGCACCAAUAUCUCUCCACUGGGUCGUGACCGCAUGUACCGACGCUAUUGGAUUUUCCCCUCCGUUCCUGGAUUGUUUAUAGAAGAGGACUAUUCUGGUCUCACGGAAGACAUGUUAUUGCCACGACCCUCUUCCUUUCAGAAUAGCAUACAGUCUCUCAUCACAAACGAACUUCAGGUAUCCACUAAAACUGGAGAGUCUUUGAAGUCAUCUGAAUCUACCUCCAAUAUUGACCAAGAUUCAUAUGCCAGUAUUGCUGUAGAUGUGCCAAGACCAAUAUAUAAGCCAAACCGCUGGUGCUUUUACAAUUCUCGGGAACAACUGGAUCAACUGCUAGAGGCUCUGAAUUCCCGAGGACAUAGGGAGAGUGCCUUAAAAGAAACUCUGUUACAAGAGAAAAAUAGAAUAUAUGAACAACUAAACAGUUUUCCUGUGGAAAAAUUCCAUAUUCCAGACAAACCUCAAAGUGACAACAAACCUCUUUCAUCAGGGCGGGGAAGAAUACAGAAUGCACAUGAUACAUUUCAAAUGUCUGCAGAAAAGCAGCUUGAACUGAGACUUAGAGACUUUCUUUUGGAUAUUGAAGACAGAAUCUAUCAAGGAACACUGGGGGCAAUUAAGGUUACAGACAGGCAAUCUUGGAGAGCAGCCUUAGAAAAUGGACAGUAUGAGCUGCUAAAUGAGGAAAACAAGGAAAAUGGUAUCACUAAAACUGUGAAUGAGGAUGCUGAAGAAAUGGAAACAGAUGAUCAAGCCAAGUUUAUUUUAAAAGACAGACUUGUUGGAUUAAAAACUGAAGCUCCAAGCACUGCAUCAACAAAUACGAGCACUCCGCAGCCAGUUAAUAAUGUGGUCCAUUACUUGGCAUCUGCACUGCUUCAGAUAGAGCAAGGCAUCGAGCGCAGGUUCCUCAAAGCACCACUUGAUGCCAGUGAUGGUGGACGUUCAUAUAAAACAGUCCUGGACCGCUGGAGAGAAUCUCUUCUUUCUUCUGGCAGCCUGUCUCAAGUCUUUCUACAUCUCUCCACAUUGGAUCGAAGCGUUAUCUGGUCUAAGUCCAUUCUAAAUGCUCGCUGUAAGAUGUGCCGAAAGAAGGGUGACGCGGAAAGCAUGGUGCUGUGUGAUGGCUGUGAUCGAGGUUAUCAUAUCUACUGUGUCAGGCCCAAGCUCAAGGCCAUUCCUGAAGGAGACUGGUUUUGUCCAGAGUGCCGACCAAAACAACGUUCUAGACGCCUCUCCUCUAGGCAGAGACCUUCUAUGGAAAGUGAUGAAGAGACUUCAGAACAGUUUGAAGAAGAGGAGGAAGAAACUUACUAUGAGGAAGUGGGACAAAGUGAGGAAGAGGAUUAUGAGGAGGAACAAGAGGAAGAAGAUGAAUCACAAGAGGAGGAAGAAAUGAGCCCAUCAAAACAAGGAAGACCACAAGUCAAACUUCCAUUAAAAAUGAGAGCAGCUAAACUCAACAACCCCUUUUCAAGUCGGAGCAGCCAGCGUCAGACCAGUGGAAGAUAUGCUUCUCGGAGUCAGCAGAAUACACCUAAGCAAACCGAAACUUCAUCCAGAGUUACUGGAAGAGGGAUAAGAAAAAUAAAGUCAGCCCCUCCAUCAGUAACAAAACCUUCUUUAAGACUGCACAGCCGUACUACUCGUCAGAGUCAAGGCUCAUUACAAGCAGACGUAUUUGUGGAAUUACUCAGUCCUCGAAGACGACGUAGAGGAAAGAAGACUGCUGAUAGUACAUCAGAGAACAGUCCUUCUCUUGGCUUCAGAAUUGUUGCCACCACGGACUCACGUGAACAGCUUAGAAGAUCUCCUCCAGUUUCUACACAGAAGUUUCCUCCUCAGGAUAGUGAAUCUAAGAGAAGAGGCAGGAAACGACAAUCCACAGAUUCAUCUCCUCACACCUCAUUGAACAGGAGGAGUUCGGGUCGUCAGGGUGGAGUCCAUGAACUGUCAGCUUUUGAACAACUUGUUGUGGAACUAGUACGACAUGAUGACAGCUGGCCUUUCAUGAAACUGGUUUCCAAAGUCCAGGUACCAGACUACUACGAUAUUAUCAAAAAACCUAUUGCCUUAAAUAUAAUCCGUGAAAAAGUGAAUAAAUGUGAAUACAAAUUAGCAUCUGAAUUCAUUGAAGACGUUGAACUGAUGUUUUCGAACUGCUUUGAGUACAACCCUCGUAAUACAAGUGAAGCAAAAGCUGGAAUUAGACUUCAGGCUUUUUUCCACAUUCAGGCUCAAAAGCUUGGACUCCCUAUUGCAUCUGGUAAUGUGGACCACGCUGCUCCAGCUGCAAAGAAGUCACGAAUUUAACCUCUUCCUUCCAAAGGAUUUUUUUUUGAGGGAACCUUUAUAUUCAUGAAAAUGAAACAUUAAAUCAUGCGGUCAUCAUAUCUGUAUAAAGCAAUAACACCAGUUUAACCACCUUGAAGCGUGGCCUGCACUAUAUUCUCAAUUUAAUAUUAAGCACUCAGGAGAAUGUAGGAAAGAUUACCUUUGCUACAGUUUUAUUCAGUGUCUAAUAACUUUGAUAGAUGUAUUGGAUACAGUACUGGUUUACAGAGGUUUUGUACAUUUUUAAGACAUUCAUGUGUCCAAAUAUCUUCCAGAAAUAUUUUUUUCUGCGCCAUAUGACCUUGUUUUAUCCUCUAGAUUUUCUAGGAGCUGUGGUAUUGCGAGGACUUUAUCAACUCGGACAAAAUCUUCUACUGUAGCACAGUUGAAGAAACUGUGUAAAUGUCUGAAACUCUGAGUACACCUUUUCAACACUACACAUGAAUGAGUACAAUUGCAUAUCCUUUAAAGUACUGUACCAGUGCUGGCUGGAGAUAUUCAGUCUGAGUUUAUAAAGUAGAUAUUUAUUUAGCAUUCAAAGUAAUUUGUGAAUUUGUUUUGUAUUUAUAAAAUUUGUAUGUGGGGGGGAAUAAGAGUUCCUUAACUUUUUUUUUAAUUUUUCUCCUGUUUUGUUUAUUCCUCUAACUUCCUGAUGAUCAGUUGAUAAAAUAAUACCUUCUCCUCUCGCUGGCAGUUCUUCUAGCAACAGGUAACUUGCAGGACUGUAUUAUAAGUUUCUAUGUACAACUUUCUAAGUGUACAAAUAAAAUGAUACAUUUUUCAAAGUA